AUGACGUGGGCAGAUGCAGAACUACACUGCGAAGAACAAGGCGGGACGUUAGCUGCUAUAACGAAUCAGGAAGAAAGUUCAUCCAUCUUUGCUUGGCUCGCUAAUGAGGGGGUUGUCACGGGGUUUGUAUGGAUAGGAGGGAAUGAUCAUGCUGUAGAAGGCACAUGGGAAUGGUCGACUGCGGAAGAAUUUGCGUUUGAAGAAAUGAGCAAAACUAGUGAGCCGAAUGGUUCCACUGGGGAAAACUGUCUUGCGAUAUACAUGAACAGAGCGGGAUGGGCUGAUCUUGUUUACAAGUCGCCCACGGUACAGAGCGCAGCAAAGCGUAGGAAUGUAUUGGAUGUAUCCAACGAUGAUCUGUGCCAUCCAGAACAACAAAUUUGA